AUGGAUUUACGGCGCCGGCCCUCGGUGACCUCGCGCCUCUCCUUUGCCGUUAGCAAUGCUGAGCGUGGCGAGUCCAUAGACGAGCCAGCUGUUGCAGCCGACCAGCAGAUCGAGGAGGAAAUCGCCGAGAUCAAAAGAUACGAGGUACCGUCCCUCCCUCUCCUUGGCUCCAAUCUCCUGCUGCACCUGGCUAACGAUGCGCCCAGGACUUCACAACCAUUGGAUGCCGCGCAAGAACGACUGCGCCGGAAAGCGCGCAGGAAGCGCACCGCCGGCCUCUACGACAGCGGCCAGGUCGACUGGAGGCACAAGCUCUAUGCCCUGUACGAGGCCGCGCAGGGCUGGAUCGUCAUCACCAUCAUCGGAGCUGCCAUCGGCUUGAACGCUGCCUUCCUGAACAUCAUCACGGAAUGGCUGUCUGACAUCAAGAUGGGAUACUGCACGACUGCGUUUUAUCUCAACGAGAACUUUUGCUGCUGGGGCGAAGAUAACGGCUGCCCUCAAUGGCAUCGCUGGACUGGAUUCGAGCCCAUUAACUACGUUGUCUACAUCAUCUUCGCGACCAUGUUUGCCUUCGUUUCUGCCACUCUUGUCAAGUGCUAUGCGCCUUACGCGGCUGGCUCGGGCAUUUCUGAAAUCAAGUGCAUCAUCGCUGGGUUUGUUAUGAAGGGGUUUCUGGGGUUUUGGACACUCCUGAUCAAGUCUAUCUGUCUGCCCUUGGCCAUUGCUUCGGGUCUGUCGGUCGGCAAGGAGGGGCCCAGUGUCCACUAUGCCGUUUGCACUGGCAAUGUCAUCUCGCGUCUAUUCGACAAGUACAGGCGCAGUCGCUCCAAAACCCGCGAGGUUCUGAGCGCAUGUGCUGCUGCAGGCGUGGCUGUGGCCUUCGGAAGCCCUAUUGGUGGCGUAUUGUUCUCCUUGGAAGAGAUGAGCAGCUACUUCCCCCUCAAGACCAUGUGGCGGAGUUAUUUCUGUGCCCUUGUGGCGACAGUUGUAUUGGCUUUCAUGAAUCCUUUCAGAACGGGCCAGCUUGUCAUGUUCCAGGUCACCUAUGACCGGUCAUGGCACUUUUUCGAGACGCCAUUUUAUAUCCUCAUAGGUGCCAUGGGAGGUCUCUACGGUGCCUUUGUCAUUAAGUGGAAUCUGCGGUACCAGGCGUUUCGCAAGAAAUAUCUGGCCAAGUACCCUGUUCUCGAGGCAACUCUACUGGCCACCGCGACUGCCAUCGUGUGUUACUACAACGUCUUCUUGAGAAUCGACAUGACAGAAAGUAUGGAGAUUCUUUUCCUCGAAUGCGAAGGGACGGAGGAUUACCAUGGGCUCUGUGAUGCCCCAAACCGACUCUGGAACAUCGCUUCCUUAUUCUCGGCAACUGUAAUCCGGAUCUUCUUCGUGAUCAUCUCGUAUGGUUGCAAGGUACCUGCAGGUAUCUUCGUCCCUUCGAUGGCUAUUGGGGCUUCAUUUGGCCGCGCAAUUGGCAUUAUUGUGCAAGCCAUCCACGACGCAAAUCCUGACAGCGUAUUUUUCUCAGCCUGCGACCCUGAUUUGCCCUGCAUCACGCCAGGUACCUACGCUUUCCUUGGUGCCGCGGCGGCACUAAGUGGCAUUAUGCACAUCACAGUGUCGGUUGUGGUCAUCAUGUUCGAGCUGACCGGAGCACUUGUCUACAUCUUGCCGACGAUGAUUGUAGUUGGCGUCACGAAGGCUGUCAGCGACCUCAUCGGAGGCGGAGGAAUCGCAGACCGUAUGAUAUGGUUCAGCGGAAUGCCCUUCCUUGACGGCAAGGAAGAGCACAACUUUGGCGUGCCUGUUUCGCACGCCAUGACUACGGAUGUGGUCUUCUUACCCAUGUCCGGGUUGACACUUCAGCAGGUGAAGCAGUUGCUCGCCAAUGGGAAGUACCAAGGAUUCCCUGUUGUAGAAAACGAGCAGAACAAGAUUAUCGUGGGGUACAUCGGUCGCACGGAGCUGCAGUACGCCAUCAACCGCCUGAAGAAAGAUCGAUCCUUGAACCCACAAGCGAAAUGCACCUUUGCGUCCUCCAACACCACGGUGGCACCUACAACACCAUCCGCGACACCAUCAGUUACCGUACUCUCCGAUCCGAUGUCAUCAACCUCGAUCGAUUUCUCCCGUUACGUAGACUUGACACCCGUAACGGUCCAUCCCCGCCUGCCACUGGAGACAGUCAUGGAGCUGUUCCGCAAGAUUGGGCCGCGAGUCAUCUUGGCCGAGCAUCACGGCCAACUGAAAGGCCUGUUGACGGUCAAGGACUGCCUCAAAUAUCAGUUCAAGGCCGAGGCUUCCGAGAAUCCCCGGGAUGACCAGCACCUCGCGCAGUCACAGGAGAAGCUCUGGGGAGUGUUCCAGCAGGUCGCGGGCUGGGUGUCGUCCAAGGUGAACAGUGCCUCUGGCGGGCGGAUACGUUUGAGUAGCAGUGCCGAUGAGGGAGAUGGCUUCAUCAUGGACGGGACUGAGCAGCUAGAUGACGAGGGAGUUGAGUUGGAGAGUAGAGUGCAAGACGACAGGCGUUAG